AAUUGGGGGGAUUAUAAAAAACAGGGGAAACAGAGGAGGAGAGAGAAAACAGGAAGAAAGAAAAAAAUGGUGAGGGUGAGCAGAGUGGUGAUGAAAAAUGUAGGAGAAGGAAUCACUAAAACUCUCUCUGAAAUUCUUGUUUGCCCAUUAACCAAACAGCCCUUAAGGUACUGUGAGAAGACAGGAUCAUUGAUUAGUGAUGAAAUUGGGGUUUCUUUUCCGAUAGUUGAUGGGAUACCUCGCUUGGUUCCAAAGGAUGGGAAGAUACUUGAAGAUGAAGAAUUAUCCAAAUCAGGUAGCUAAAAUGGAAGUGAAAGAUUGAGAUGUUUUGUACGGACUACUUUUCUACUUCGUAUUAUGCAGGAAAAUCCACGGAAUUUUACUUGUAUGUUUCUUGGUAUUUCCCUGAGAUCACUGCUACGAGUCACAUGUAACAUUAGCUCGGUGUUUUAGGACUAGGUGAUCAAUAAUUUCAUAUAAUCAUCUUCUUUCAUCUACAUCCCAUUUGUACUACACGUAUACUAUAAAAUACUACACGUUUGAAGAUUUUACAAAUUUCUGUUA